AACGCACUCCGUAAGCAAGCUCUCAACAGUUUGUUUUCCCCCCCACAAUCUCCGGUAUUCGCUCGUUGGCAGCCAGGCGACGUUGGAACAUUUUGGCCCACCUCAACGUUGCGGUUGACUGCGCUUCUGUCGGCAGAACAUCGAGCGAGCCACUCGUUUAACCGAUCGCACGCACAGCUUUUGGACAUCUCUUGACCCGCGACCGCCGUCGACGGCGCCACAAGUUAGGUUUUGAUGCUGCACCUUUGCAACCAAACCACCGUACCGGUCGCAUCGACAGGUUUCCCGCCUCGGUCGUGGGGAUGAGGAGGCUCCCUCGCUACCCCUCGUCGCUCUGCUCUUCGCUACCAAUCUACACGCCGCGACGGGCCAACCCCGCCGCCGCCCGUCUGCCGUGGUACCCGUUGGGCCCGCAAUCGGCGACAUGGCUCUGGUUCUCGGUCUGCGAUGAGCGCCGCUCGUCGUCCGACGCCUCACCUCGGAAGCAAAGACGACGCGGGCCGCCCCUCCCGUUCCGCUUCGAGACGGGCAUCGCCCUGUUUGCCAAACGCACCCCGCGUCCGUUCCCGCCACCGUUCCUCUCCCCACCGUCGGGCAGCUUCAGCGACCCUCUGAGCACCCACCACCGGAGCCGCGAUCGGCGGAGCGCCUACGUCAACGGCGAGCUGAUCCGAGGCCGCACCAACGGCGACGACGCCGUGUUCGCCAGCGACAGCUUCAUAUGCGCCAACGAUGGAGUCGGCGCCUGGUCCACGCGGCCGCGCGGCCACUCGGGCCUCUGGGCGAGGCUCAUUCUGCACUUUUGGGCGCAGGCGGUUGAUGGGGUCAACAGUAGCAGCAACGACUCGUCGUCGACGGGCGGCGAUAGAGCCGGUGGCCACCCGGAUCCCGUCGCUGACCUGCAGAGGGCAUUUGAGCAGACGCAGGAGGCGACGAGUCCGCCAAACGACUGGCAGGGAACGACGACUGUCGCGGGGGCGCAGAUUUUCUACCGGCAGCCUGACGGCGGGAGUGGCGAGGCCGGUGCGGACGAGGGCUCUUCUUUGCCCAUCCCGGUGCUGUACGUGACCAACCUGGGCGAUUCGCAGAUCAUGGUGAUUCGGCCCAGCACGCGCGAGAUUGUGUUCAAGACGACGGAGCAGUGGCACUGGUUCGACUGCCCGCGGCAGCUGGGCACAAACAGCCCCGACACGCCCACCAAGAACGCCGUCCUCGACGUCGUGGACAUACAGGAGGGGGACAUCGUCAUCGCCAUGUCGGACGGCGUCAUCGACAACCUUUGGCCGCACGAGAUUGUGGAGUGCGUGUGCGACUCGGUGAGCAAGUGGGAGUCUGGGGCCGUCCCGGCCGACUACGGUACCUGUGAUGAAGAUAGCGAGUACUCGCAAGGGUUCGACGUGGACGGUGACAGGACCGGUGGUGCCAACGGCGGCAUGCAACUGGUCGCCGACGAGCUGAUGGAGGCGGCUAGGGUGAUUGCGGUGGAUCCCUUUGCGGAGAGUCCUUAUAUGGAACAUGCCAUAGAAGAAGGGUUGCCAAGCGAAGGAGGUAAAUUGGACGACAUCAGCGUCGUUGCGGCUCUGUGCCGCAGAACAAACAAAGAGUAAAGUAUGAUUUCCUUAUUGGCUCUUUGGGUCAUGUGGAGGGAGAUGACUGAGAAAGAGUUAACAUUCGGAUCAUGGAACAUUGUCACGAUAUACACGGCAUGGCAGGGGCGUUGGAUUGUUUAUUUUCAUUUCUUAUCGGCCACUUUUGGCCAGUAAAAUACAGGGCAUAUUAUCACAAUGGCUAUGUUUAAGAUGGUUCGUUUUGUUUUCA